GCAUCUAGUCAUUAAUAAAAUAUGCAACAUAUUACACUAUAAUUAAUUGUUUCUAGUAGCAAAACAGUUGCAGGCGACGCCUCCAGAAGCGAGACGACUGGGGUUGAUGAGUGGAGGAAUGUCAGAGAUGUUGACUUGACUCUUUCAGUGCCUGCAGAAACAUGGCGGCCAUGUCGGCGGGCUACAGACAUCAAGGAGGGCUUCCUGUGCCCCAUGUGCAUGAAGGAUUUCGGGACAGUCACUCAACUGCAGGACCACUUUGAACAGGCUCAUUCAUCCGAAGAUAAAGCAGUAUUUCAACAGCUGAAGGGAUUCUUCGACAAGGCUAAGAAGAAGAUUCUUGGAGAAAAGGAACAUGGAUAUUCCAGCUCAGUUGAAAGUCAAAGUGGAGGCAACUCUUAUCUGUCUCUCUCACCAUUCGAUUCCGAUAGUUCAUGGUGGGAGCCCCAGGAACCAGGUGCUAGCCGUGGUCACAUUGACGCCUUCAAAGCAGUUCGUGAUGCACGAGUGGACCAUUUCGUUGUGGAAACCAACAAGCUGCUAAUCCGAUUGGACAAACUAAUAGGACCAGAUUCACCACCGGAGCCAAAUAAACGAAAAGCUUUCGAAAAAUCUGUGGUACCAUGGAUCCCAGAUAGCGAGGUUCCCGCCUGCCUCUGCUGUGAGAGGUCCUUCUCCCUGCGUCGGCGCCGCCAUCACUGCCGUGUCUGUGGAGGGAUCAUGUGUGAAAACUGCUCCCAGUUCCUCACAUUUUCAUAUGCUCAGAAGCUGGUGAACCCUGCGUUUAGCUUCCAAGGUCCAGGUUUCCUGCGCCGGUCCGGCAGUAAUAGCAGUCUUAACUCUCUGAUGGGUCCAGAAGGGGAGAGACACAUGCGAGUGUGCGACACUUGUAGGCGUCUCCUGGAGAGGCGAGACCAGAUGACGGAACAACGCAACACUAAAACACCACUUAUGCAGCUAUAUGAUAAAAUGAAGACAUGCAUUCAGGAGGCUGAAGAACUACUAACGAGAUACCUACCAAUGGUAGACUCUCUCAGCACUGGUGAGUCUGUGUACAACUACAGACCAGCUCAAAUUCUACGGACCAAGCUGACUCGACAAUAUGAAGUGGUGGAUCAACUAAGCAAGAAGAUUCUAGUUCUGAACCUGAACGAUGACCCCCAGCCCAACCCAAAACAACUUUAUCUUCAAAAAGCAAUACGAGUCUAUGCCAGUAACUUCAUGCAGGACAACCUGCUGGGUCUACAGGCCCUCCCGACAGAGGAAGAAUAUAAAAGAUUGCAAGGAAAAAGGAAAGAGGAAAUUCAGCGCAAAAUUGCAGCUGAGCGACAAGCAGCCAUGGAGGCUCAAGAGAAGGAGAAACGUCAAGACGAGCCGGGGGUGAAGUCACCGACAGAGAGUGUGAAACAGCUCGGACAUAAACGUUCAGAUUCACAGGAUAGUGUUGGGAGAGGCUGGAAGCCGACGGAAGUUGUGCCCAAUGUUGACAAUGAUGACGAUCCCAUGGUGACACAAAUUAAGAUUAUUCAUGGAUAUAUUCAGCAGGCAACAAAAGCUCAGAGGUGGGAUGAAGUCGCCAUGUUGAAACAGAAUUUGAAAGACUUAAAAGCUGCUUAUCUGCGUGAACAAGGAGAGGGGUUUAUGUCCUAGUGUCCUAUACUGGGUGUUGCAGUAUAAUCAAGCAUGAUUUGGUUGUGUUAACUUGUAAUGUAUGGUUAAAUACUGUCAAGUAUGAAAUAAAUGCAAUCAUAAUUUUUUUAUGUGAGUGUCCCUUGCUUUGCAUUAAUAAUGUGACACAUUUUCUAUCUCAAGUAGUCCUGCUACUGCUACAAGCACUGCAUGUGCUUAAACAGUGAUGUACAUACAAAAAUGUAUGCUCACAAUAAAAUAUAAUUGAGUGCUAAAUUUAGAUAAUUCUGCCUGAUAAGUUUACGCAAGUUGAUGAAAUUGUUCUGAUAGUAGCCAACUGUUUUGUUUUUGGUAAGCUUGUAAUAAUCUCAUAAUAAUAAUAGGCAAAACUCACCCAUGUGGUGAAAUUGGACAGUACAGCAGUCAAGGUGAAACCGUAAUACUGCCCAUUAACCUUGAUUUGCAUUGUAACAAAUCUUUGAGCUCAUACAAUCAUUGGUGACCAACCUCUUUCAAAUGAAGCAGGGCUACAGGCAUUAAUUUCAAGAUGCAUUUUAGGCCAGGGGCUGACACUCACAAGGAUUUGGUUCUGCAUUAUUUCCAUAAUUGGCAGUAUUAUACUGUGUCUGGCUUUUGAAAGAUUCCCUGAGGCAUUGUUAUGAUGAACUUGUGAUGAUCCAUAAUUUUGGACCUUGUUAUAUUUUACAAUAUUACCUAAUAGACAGGCCAAUGUCAUUUCUUUGUUUUAUACCUUUCUGGUGACAGAAUAGAAAUAGAAAAUAUCAUAGUUGAUUUGAGGUUAAUUUCAGUUACCGAAAGCUAGUUUAGCAGUUAAGCUAGAAGAGAAUAGAAGAUUCGUGUUAUUCACGGCAGCUUUCAUUGUAUUUCUUGUGUAAAAUUUAACAUAAUUUACUGCUCAUAAUAGUUAAAAAUGAUUAAAAGUCCAUUUAUAGAUUCCAUUCACCAAGUGAUUGCGUAUAGAGCUACAUUAAUUCCUCUGUCUUUGGAUAAGCGUGCUCUCAAAGUCAUUGUCACCUCCCUAAGGAGUAUGGAGAUGCCAACCACUCCAAUUUUGACAGAGUUACUUCUGUUUUCAAAUUCAGAAUCCUCUCUCAGAUUUGUCUUUUAAAACUCUGUGAAAUAAUUUUAAUAAAUUUCCGUUUAAAUAUGUUAAUUUGAGUUAUGUCUUAUCGGCUUAAGUAUGCCUAGAAAUGCAGAAAAUGGCAUAUUUCCAUGCUAAAUCAAGACAUUUUCCCAGACCCCACCGUAGAGAGGGGCCGAGCCCCUCACGCCACCCCCAACUGGGACCAUGGUGCUCAGCAUGACUUCGCUUUCAUAUCAUAUAUAGAUUCAGGGUUGGCAUCUCUGAGUAAACAACCCAAGCUGCCAGUAAUCCGAUGGAAGGUUAACAGUCGCAUUACUUUCAUGUCCUACCGGGUACCCAUUCACUGCUAGGUGAACAGAGGCAAAUUUCGAACAAAGUCCCAUGCCAACAAAGUCCCAUGCCCUAGGCAAUGUUAACGGGACACACCAUACAGCAUGUGCCUCAGUCACAUAUUUUAUUUAUGUUUUUUGUCAAACUGAUCAUAAUUUACUUGUCUGUAAAACAGCAAAAGGAAUUGGCCAUUUUUUAUUGAGCAUUUCUGUUUUGCAGCCACUGUUAAGUGAGCUAAGAAUCGUGAUGCAUUUUAUCUAUGCACAUGGUGACAAGACUGACCUUGUAAUGCUGGGUUACAGAUUGGCUCUGAGCCGAGUUUGUACCACUGUAUCAUGGUACACAUAUAGUGAUACAUAUGGUGACGUGACGCUUCUAUGUCAUUGAAGUUGAUGUUGAUGUAAAAAAUAAGCCCACAUCAGGGCCCUUGUUUCACAAAGCGAUCAUAGUUAAGGCGAUCGUAAACUCCCAAAGACUUACGACAGUCGAAGUGCUCACGAUCGGUUUGGGCCCCAGCCCUUUAUAUAACCUGGUGUACAUAGAGGCACACUUUGUACUAAUUUAUUGAUGGAUAUUCAAGGCAAUGAACUAUAAUAGCUGGCAUAUUACGUGAAGCUUUUGUGUACUGGUAUAAAUGUGAUGUAUUUUCUACAACCUUAUAAGCAUGCUAAUGUCAUCAGUUUGUCCAAUCAAAGGGUUAUCUAUAACUAUGAUCAUGAUUCUUAAAAGUAUUCUGGUGUGUAAUACCAAAUGAUGUAAAAAGUAUGGAUAAAUAGCACAGGGAGUAGGCUAAACUAUUGUCUUUAAACUUGUCACUGUGCAAUUGUUUGAGUGAGUGAGUUUGGUUUUACACCGCUUUAGCAAUAUUCUUGCAAUAUCACGGCGGGGGCACACCAGAAAUGGGCUUCACACAUUGUACCCAUGUGGGGAAUCAAACCCGGGUCUUCAGCAUGAUGAGAAAGCUUUAACCACUUGGUUAUGCCACCGCUCCUACAAUAGUUUGAACCAAGGUAGCUACUUGUGUCAUUAUUCACAACUCUGCUAGGCCUAGCCAAGACAAGUAAAUUCAAUAGGGACAAGUGAGUUUCCUUGUGGACUACCACGUUUACCGUUUGAUAUGAAUCAGAUCAUCUUAGAUGUAUCAGUCAAUUUCGUCAGGUGCAAUAAUAUAAGCAAAUCUACCUGGGUAAUUAACUGUGUCUCUUCAGAGUUGACUCAGUAAGGAUUUAACUAUGGUCUUAAUCAGUAAUAGAUCUGAAUGGUAAUUGGGAGCUCAUCAACAUGUCUCCUGUAGUACACUGUUGAUGCCAUUGACUCUUGUAGCCAUGGUUACCUUGACAGGAUGAAAGGCAGCAGUGACAGAAGAGUGGGGAUAUACAGGGUCUGAUUUCAUUUCAUUGAUAGAAUCAAACACACACACAGGAACAGUAUUUCUUCAGGGUUUUUUAUUAUUUCUGUGUAGACUGAUUCUGAUUCACGUGUGAAGAGUUAUUUAAGGAGUACCAUUACCAAUAUCUCUUUUGUUAUUGUCUCUUUUGUUAUUUCAGACAAAUACAGUACAAUCUAAAAAUAAUAAAAAUUCCACAGAAAAUUAAAAUGGC